AUGAAAAAAAACUCUAUGGGUGUGUCAACAUCUACACAAAUCAUAAGCAGUGGCACGCCGCCUCCGCGCCUCUUUUCCUCGCUUCCCCGUCUCUCGCCUUUGCUUUGUCUAAGCCAGAGGUCGACAGAAGCACAUGCCAAGCCAGUUUACUUCUCGGUCUUUCCUUUUUGCAAUCUCUCUAGCAUCUUCUGUGGCAAAUAUUGGCAACGAGAGAGGGUGACUGCUGCGCCGUCCGAGAAAAUGAGGAAUACCCAUCUGUUUGUGGCAACGCUUAUGGUUUUAGCACUUCUGGUAAUCUCUUCUGUCAUGCAGAUUGCAAAUCUUGACCAGAGAGGUCAAUUCCUAGUUAACCUCGAAGGAACAGAGACGAGGAGCGUCCGUCUGAGAAACCAGGUGAAAAAGGUGUGUCUUGCCCUCAACAUCAGCUCUCCCAUCUCUGACUUCCAGCUGAGCAACAUGUUGGUAGACGAGCAAACAAUGACUCUCUACUGCAGCGUUCCUAAGGUUGCCAGCACAACCAUGAAGCGAGUAUUUCUCAGACUCACAAACGCCAUCAGUAGCCAAGAAUUCGACGACUUCGAGGACAGGGACUUUGUACAUAGCCAUCCGUUACUGCAGCCGCUGUACCUGCCCAAAUAUGCCAACAAACGGUCGAACAUACUAGCCUCGUACAGAAAAUUACUUUACGUUCGAAACCCACUAGCAAGAGUAGUUUCCACGUAUCGGGACAAGGUGGAGAGAUACACCGGCCAAGAGAGAGUCAACUUCCCCCAAUACUUGGCUGCAAAAUUGAAAGAGAAGUUCGGUCUUUCCUUGAGACAUAACGGGAACGAGGAAGACCUUGUCACCUUCAGAAAUUUCGUGAAACUCAUCGUCGCUCAGGAUGACCAUGAGGCGAUGAUCAUGGACCCUCAUUGGCGCUCCAUUCAUGAGACGUGCAACCCGUGCGCCAUCCCCUACGACUUCAUUGGCCAGUUCGAGCGCCUCCCCGAGGACGAGCCCUUCCUCCUGCGCUGGCUGGGUCCCGACCGUGCGCUCCCCCGCCUCCCCACUGACAAGUACCGCAACGGCGCCGCGCAAGUUACUCGCUGCUACUUCUCCAACCUUGACGCUGCGCUCAAGCUCUCUUUCUUUGCAAAAUAUUUUCUCGAUUAUGUUAGUUUUGAUUAUGAAUUUUGCCUCUCCUGCCUAACGGGAGAUUUGAAUUUGGGCUCCUCUGUACGGAUGGUACCUGGCCUUGAGCUAAGAGUAUACCUUACAGCCGAGGCCUACACGAACAACGAAUCGACAAAAACACCACUGUCCGACAUCAUGACAAGAGGAGCGCCUUCGUUGUUCGCGUCGACACGACAUCCCAAGUGUUCCAAGGCCUUCAUCUUGAAACAAGGCCUCCACGACCUGGUCUACUCUAUGGACUCCCCAAAGUUCAUAAACCUAACAUUCCUCUAA